GGAACGGGAUGGGGAUGUGGCACGCUGGCACACGUGUGCACGCCCGCCCUUGUGCCGACAUGUGAGCGUGUGUGAGCGCCGCGUGCGGUGCGUCUGAGCCACGCGCAAACCCCGCACGUCCCCGGCCGGGACUCGAACCCGCGGCUCUCCGUCCCAUCUCGGGCUCAGACCUCGCACCGCCCCUCAACGGGAGACACGACCGCUUCCGGUCAAAUCCCGGAAGCGCCGCGGGAUGCGCGCUGCGUUUCCGGCCACUCCCAGGAAGUUCGACGCCUUGCGGUGCACCCUGGGAGCUGUGGUGUUUUCUCGUGACGUCAUCGCGGCGGCUCCUUCGGUGCGAACUACGCCUCCCAGCAGCCUUUGCGCGCCGGCGGCCGCCAUCUUGUUUCACCGGCGUGAGCGCUGAGCCGGGGGGGGUUCGGUGCCGGCGGCUCCGCGGACGAUGCUGGCCGCCCUUUGGGGCCGCCCGCCGCCGCCGGGCCUGGCUCGGCUCGUCGGGCCUUGCCGGUGGUUCCGUGCCCCGCGGGCCGCUCCCGGAGAUCCGGAGGUGCGCACCGCGGCCGAAUGGCUCCGCUUGAUGCCUGGAUCCGCCGCCAGAGGCCGCCGCCAUCCCGUGAGGACGACGAGCGCAGAGCCGCUUUGGCGGGGAGCGACCGCGGGGGGGCGGCUGCCGUGCUGGGACAGCGCCGGGCCCGGGCCGAGCCGUAACUUAACGACUGAGCCACGAAGGGAACGGAGCGGCCAUGGGAAACCCCCCCCCGGGGCGGCGUUGGUUGCGCUGGGGGCGCUGGCAGCGUGCUUCGGGAGGGAGCGAUCCGCCAAGGAUGCUCUGCUGGAAGCCGCCAGGAUCAACAACGUUGCCGAAGUCAGCAGGUUGCUGCAGGAAGGCACGGAUGUGAACGCGAGGCACCGGCUGGGCUGGACGGCUCUGAUGGUGGCAGCCAUCAGCAGGAAUUCCAGCGUGCUGAAGGUCCUGCUGGCAGCCAACGCAGAUCCAAACCUUGGGGACGACUUCAGCAGCGUCUAUGAGACCGCCAAGGAGAAGGGCCUCCAUUCUUUGGAAGUCCUCGUGACCCGCGAGGAUGAGUUCAACAACCGCCUGAACGUCCGUGCCAGCUUCCGUGGCUGCACAGCCCUGCACUACGCCGUGCUGGCCGACGACUACCUGAGCGUCAGGAUGCUGCUGGAGGCAGGUGCCAACCCCCUGCAGAAGAACGAGAUGGGCCACACGCCGCUGGAUUACGCCCGCGAGGGGGAGGUGAUGAACCUCCUGAAGGCAUCGGAGGCAAAGUUCCAGGAGGAGCAGCGUCGCCGGGAGGUGGAGGAGCGCCGCAGGUUCCCCCUGGAGCAGAGGCUGAAGGAGCACAUCAUCGGCCAGGAGAGUGCCAUAGCCACGGUGGGGGCAGCUAUUCGGAGGAAGGAGAACGGCUGGUACGACGAGGAGCACCCGCUGGUCUUCCUCUUCUUGGGAUCAUCUGGGAUAGGAGCACAGGCCGAGCCCUGCUGUCCCACAGGGAUUCCUCGUGGCUGGGAGCUGUGGCCGCUCACAAACCCCGUCUCCUCCUGCUCGCAUGGGCUCUGAUCGCUUUGCGACAGCAUCGUUGUGUUGAUGCUGAGAAUAUUGCUCCUCGAGCGGCGUGAAGCUGAUUGGUUCAUGAAACGGGCAGAGCGGGUUUUACCUGGGGGGGUGGAGGGGGAGAAGGAAAGGAAUUAGAAAUCAUGAGAUUUCAAGUAACCAAACGGUGGCAUUCAAAGCAACACCUGGGCAAGGGCAGGGGAUAAGAUGUGAACGAAUACUGAGUCAAGAUAUGAAUGGAUGCUGGAAUAAAGUGUGAAUGGAUGUUGGAAUAAAGUGUGAAUGGAUGUUGGAAUAAAGUAUGAAUGGAUAUUGAAAUGAGAUGUGAGUGGAUGUUGGAAUGAGAUGUGAGUGGAUAUGGAAUGAGAUGUGAAUGGAUGUUGGAAUGAGAUGUGAGUGGAUGUUGGAAUAAAGUAUGAAUGGAUAUUGAAAUGAGAUGUGAGUGGAUAUGGAAUGAGAUGUGAGUGGAUACUGAAAUGAGAUGUGAAUAGAUAUGGA